CUCAUCUUCCCUAUAGUUCCUAUACAUGCGCUGUCUGACACAACCGAGGAGCACUAAAUUACAAGAGGGAAAGGAGGGAGAGAUGUGAAAAGAGCACGGAGGGGGAGCUCAGAGCAUGAUAUAUGGCCAGGAGGACAGAGGUGUUAGGGGCGGAGAGUUCUCGUCAUUGAGCUGUACAUAGAAGAAGCCGAUAUAGACAAAAUGUGGCUUGGCUUGCGGCUAUUUCACCGUCCAUUCAGCUCCCUGGCAGCCCGUGGAUUAGUGUACGAAAGACACGGAGAGCCAUUACAAGUGCUACGCUUGCAAAAAGUGAAUAUUUCACACCCUGCAGAGAAUGAGGUUAGAGUUAAAAUGUUGGCUGCCCCUAUUAAUCCAUCGGAUAUUAAUAUGGUCCAAGGAACCUACGCUCUUCUACCUCAGCUGCCAGCUGUUGGAGGGAAUGAGGGAGUAGGUGUUGUUGUAGAGGUUGGAAGACAUGUGACCUCUAUGCGGCCUGGUGACUGGGUGGUUCCUGUGGAUGCAGGGUUUGGCACGUGGUGUACAGAGGCUGUAUUCAGCGAAGCUUCCCUUAUGCGCGUUCCCAGUGACAUCCCUGUGGUAGGAGCAGCAACAGUAAGCGUCAACCCCUGCACUGCUUACAGACUUCUCUCUGAUUUUGAGACUCUUCGGCCAGGUGACACUGUAAUACAAAAUGCAAGCAACAGUGGUGUGGGCCAGGCUGUUAUACAGAUUGCAACAUCACUGGGCAUCACCACCAUUAAUGUUGUGCGGGACAGAGAAGACCUGCCGAGCUUAAUACAAAGACUCCGUGACCUGGGAGCAGAUCAUGUGAUCACAGAAGAACAGCUCCGCAAACCAGAGAUGAAGGAUUUGUUCAAGAAUUGUCCUCGUCCAAGACUGGCUUUAAAUUGUGUUGGUGGAAAAAGCACAACAGAAAUGUUGCGUCAUUUGGAUUAUGAUGGCACCAUGGUGACAUAUGGAGGGAUGUCAAAGCAGCCUGUUACUGUCCCUGUUAGCGCACUUAUAUUUAAAAAUGUAAAACUGUGUGGUUUCUGGGUAACUCAGUGGAAAAGGGAACGAGCUCAGACUGAUCGCGAGGAACUUGUAAAGAUGAUACGGGACCUUUGUGAUAUGAUCCGCCGUGGAAAGCUUGUUCCUCCUCCAUCUACUCAACGGCCUAUAGAAGAUUUCUCCCGAGCACUUCAAGAUGCUCAGACUCCUUUCUUGUCCCGCAAGCAAAUAUUGAUAAUGUGACAUGGCAAUUAAUUGUGUAGCUCUGCAUAUCCAUAGAAUGUACAUUUAUUGUCUUAAACACUGCUCUGUACAGUC